AACACUCACAACGAGAGCUAUCGGCCUCGUUCUCCCCAACAGGGUUGCUUUCCUUGACUGCAACGAAAACAAUUCCCCCGUUCCGCCGUGCUAUUCCGCAUUCUCUACCCCUUCGCUACACACAACACAGCCCACUAUUCCAUUCCGUCAUUGUUGAUUGCUCCACACAACACUAAAAUCAUCAUCCUCCAUCAGUUGUGCGCGAGUGAAGUGAAACGGUUGUUUUUUCGGUCCACCUGUAUCGAUAAAUUCCCCACAAACGUGAACGUGUUGCUGCUGGACACGGGUUGUGAAGUGCAAAAAUUCCUGUCACCAUGAUACUCCAGCAAAACCAGCUCGAACAUGGUGUCCGUGUUAAAGUGGGGCACCAUUUUGGGACGGUGCGCUACGUGGGCGAGGUUCCCAACACGGAGGGCGAAUGGAUCGGUAUCGAAUGGGAUGAUCCCGAGCGGGGCAAACAUUCGGGCACGGUCAACGGUGUGCAGUACUUUCAGACAAGAUCACCGACGGCCGGGUCGAUGAUACGCAGCGAGAAGCUCACCAAAUUCCAAACCCUCGAACAAGCCAUCACAGAGAAGUACACCAUGACGGCCGAUACGCUGCGGCUCGAUUCCGAGAUGAUCCGUGCGGUGCAGAAGCAGCUGCACGCACCGCUGUUCGAGAUUGUGGGCAUGGAGAAGGUCGGUGGGAAGCAGAGCAACUUGCAGCGGCUGGUGGACGUUUCGUUGCGAAACUGUCCAGUGAAUGCGGCCGGAGAUUUGGCCAGCUUUGUGAAUCUACAAAUGCUCGACGUGUCCGGGACGCUCCUGUGCAACUGGACCGUUGUUGGGGACAUUGCGGAGCAGAUACCGAGCCUGCAGGAGCUGAAUUUAUCGAACAACCGUUUCACCGAUCCGUACGAGGAACAGAUCAGUAUGUUGGCACAGAAAUUCCAAAACAUUCGCAAAAUCAUUCUCAAAAGCUGCACGAUCCGUUCGUGGAGCGAGCUGGUCCGGCUCGCACGGAUGUGGCCCGCCGUACAGUAUCUUUCCCUCGAGCAGAACGAAAUCGAGUACAUCGAGGACGAGGCGCCCUACAUUGUGGCGCUCAGCCGGCUUAAGAUUCUGGAUCUGCAAAACAAUGCGGUGAGCGAUGUGGAAUCGAUCCGCCAUCUGGGUAAGCUGCCCGCGCUCGAGGAGCUACUGCUGAACGGGAACGGUAUCCGCGAGGUUCGCUUCCCGGACUGUCCGCACAACGAAAAGGUGGACCUGUUCCGGCAGCUGCGCACGCUCUACCUGCGGGACAAUCCGCUCCAGGACCAGUGCAGCACGUUCAACGAACUGGACAAAUUGGCCCAGCUGGAGGUCGUCACGCUCGAUCCCGAUCCGUCCGUAAGCUACGAGGAAACGGUGGCCCGUAUUGUCGGAUCGAUCGGCAGUUUGCGCAUGUUCAAUAGGGCCACGAUCAGCGAAAAACUGCGCCGCGAUUCCGAGUGCGACAUGUGGAAACUGUACGCGAACCAGUGGGCGGAAGUACGCAACGAUGCGCAGCGGCUGAAGGCGUUCUUCAAGUCGCAUCGCAUGUAUCCGCGCGUGAUGGAGCGGUUGGGCAGUCCGGAGCAGUUUCUGCCCGAUACGCGCAAGGUCACGAACAUGAUCCAUCUGCAGCUGCUGAACGAAAAGACGGCCGAGCUGCGGGAGAAGAAGGUGCCGAAGCGCAUCAACCUGCACACGCUGCAGAACUUGAUCGUGAAGCUGUUCGGGCUGCCGGACUGUACGUUCUCGCUACGGUUGUACCUGUUGGAUCGGAAGCGCAAGGUGCGGAUACCGCUGGAGAACCAUGGCAAAAGUUUGGACUUUUACUCCGUCGAGGAUAACGAUACGAUCGUGUUCGAAUGAAGGGCCGGGAUGAUGGUGUGAAGGUCGCGUGUUAGGGCAUGAUGCAACCUAUAGCCGCAACACCGUGCGCGGCGGCGGUGGUUUUAAUCUGUGUUUUUUUUAUAUAUAUUUGUACCCUGCUCUCGUCACGUUUAAUCCCCGUUUGUUAAACACUCACUCAACAUAGGCUUUCUGCUGUGCGUUUGCCAGAAUGCCAUUACUUUUACAACGUAGUCUCGCAAAGCAAGUGUUUUUUUUGUAUUCAAAAGAUUUAUUGUUUAACUCUAAUAAACAAAAGAAGUACAUGCAUACACACACACAGCGGCACACAGUGCAAUGUGUCUGUUAAAAUACGCAA